AUGGACCUGGAGAAGUUCUACCGAGAAGAUCAUGCCUUCUACAAGGUCAUAAUUGGCGAUUUCAACGCCAAAGUUGGCCCAAGAAGAACGCCGGAGGAACUUCACAUCGGGACCCACGGCCUACAAUGGAAUGACCAGGGGGAGAGGCUCUCCGAGUUCAUCAUGACGACUAAGACCAUCCAUGGGAACUCGCAAUUCCAGAAGCCCUCGUCUCUACGUUGGACGUGGGAGUCACCCGGUGGAGGGUACCGUAAUGAAAUAGACCACAUCAUUGUCGAUAAAAGGUUCUGUCGGACGGACGUCGCUGUUGUACCAAAGUUCAAUACGGGAUCGGACUAUCGCCUCCUUCGAGGAAGAUUUUCCUUCACAAGGAGAGCAGAGAAAGCCGCCAAGUUCAGAGGGAGAAAUCCCAGGACUAUCAUCAACUGGGAUCUCUUCGCUACGUCAGCUGGCUUUUGGGAAAAUUCCGCAAUGGACAACAUCGACGAGGAAUAUGAUCGGCUCGUUGAACACCUUCACGACUGCGCGAAGAAGGCUGAGAGUUUUAAAUCCACCAACAGAGCUGAUACGCCAGCUUGGAGCAGCACGAGCCGCAGAGAACCAAGCACUCACGUCCGAGCUCACAAGGCUUUGCAGAGAGGCGAUAAAGGAAGACCUUAA